AUGCGAAUCCACUCGACACCACAGCGGCGUGCAGCGUCUACCAUCUCACUGGAUCAUUCCCUCGAUCCGUCCAUGAUGGACACAAGCGUUCCGGCCGUAUUCCCGCCCGCCAUCAGACGCUAUCCUUACGACGGACUAACGGCAGCGACGGAAGAGUACGAACAGGAGCAAUCGCUCGGCCACGGUGCGGCCAUGUACGGUUCACGGCCAGUACCAACGGUGUCCGAACGUGUCAUCGGUUACGGUAGACGAUCGAACAAUUACGACGAGAGUGGUAUCGAGGUGCAGCAGUUGGCGAACGGUGAUCUGGCCCUGAUCGGUAAUCGGCUCUGCCGGGAAGGUUCCGGCAUCAGCAUUAACGAUCCGCAGCAGGGUCGGUUUGAGAGGUUGAAGAAAAUUUGCUCCUUUGGCACACUGUCCAGCGGCGGUUCCGAUUCGGAACGAUCGAAUGGAGUUAGCAGAAGUCAGCACUGGAUGCUACUGAUUACGCCCGUCGUGUCGAGUUUCUCGUUGGCACUCGUAAUAGCGGCCGUGGUAGGUCCUCAGUGGUUACUGACGGAGGAGAAAAUUCCCGUCACUGCGUACCACAACAGUACGUACGGAGCUGGCCACAGCACGGUGGUCAGCACGCCAGCCACCAGCACCAGCCUUCACAACCAGCAGCUAAACAUACAGCAUCCCCACCUAAUACCGGCCACGAAGGACGAUACCAGCGGCGCUUAUCUGACCAAGUACACCAAAUCAUCGCUCUGGAUGCUCUGCAGUAAGUAUAAUGGUGGUACCGUUCCGGGGCAACAGCAGCAGCAACAGCAGCCGCAUCAUAUAGCUGCGGAUGACUUUCAGUGCUCCAGCAUCGAUUAUUUCCCGAACGAAGGAUACAGCCCGGACCCGAACGAUUCGACGAAUGCCAUACCGUAUACCGUAACGCAUUCGUCACCGUUCUUUCUCGCCUCGAACGGUGUCCUCAUCGUGAGCUACGGUCUGUUCCUGGUGGCCAUGUGCUCGACGAAGCACAAAAUCUGCUACUUCGUCUCCGGGGUGCUAUUUAUAAUAUCCGGGUUGCUGAUGCUGAUCGGGCUGAUAAUGUACAUCUCCAUACUGAAGGCAGAAAUAGGUUCCAAGUUGCGGCCAAGGUCGUCACUGCAGGCACCCCAGUUUACGUUUCGCUACGGGCAAAGCUUUCUGCUGUAUGUGUUCGGGUUCAUCAUUACCGAACUGUCCGGCAUCCUGAAUGUGCUGAUCUACUCGAACGUCCAGCAGGAUGAGUACGGCGUGCACGACGGUGGAGGCCAAUCGACCUAUCCGACCUAUCAGAAUCUGUCCGGUGGCAUCCACUACAAUCUACACUAUCGGCGCGAGAUUCCGACGGUUGGCGAUGAGCUGGCGAAGGGUCAGGAAGGACCGCCCAUCGUUGACUACCGCUAUCCUUACGAUGGCAUCGAAUGUGAGCCAACGCCGAGGUACUAUUUCGAGCAGCAACAUCAACCGGUGGAUGACGGUGGUGAGCUAGAUUGUCGUGUGCACAGACGAGCGUUUGGACGUGCGACACACGAUGGUAUGUCCAAGAGUCUCACGGAUCUACUCUACAUGGAACCAACGCAAGCAUACCCCGCCGAUCGCGAGUCUGCUGCUCAGCCGCGUGUGCGCACUAGCGGAGACGGACAACGGUCCGUGGACCAGGGCGUGCACACGAGAUCGCCGAUCGCAAACUUGGAAUUCUCCCAUUGGUCCUCCACAACCGGAAAGCUAACACGCAGCGUAUCGACCUACACCGAUCUGCUACCGAUCAACGAUUUUGACCCGGACGAUACGCGCCGCAAUCGUCGAGCACGGUCCCGAUCACCAUCAGCGCGUAGCGAUGACGACACCACCGCAAAGGUGAGCAACAUCUGUGGCCUAUCGCGUCACUAUCUGUCCCGCGAACUGUCCAAGGAAAAACUGUUCAACGAGUUCUGCAAAAAGGUGGGUCCACGGCCGAAACCGAAGGACAUCUACUACAUCGAGAGCGAUGGACGAAACGGUGACAGCAGCCUCCGUAGCGUGUUUGUGGUGGACCCCUCGUCACCGCACGCCCAGCGAAAUCGAUCCACCGCCCACCGAAGACGCAACUCGGUGGCGGACACGAGGCGUAGAAUAGCCGUGCCCGAUCAACUGGCGGCGUCCAACUAUCGCCAGCGCAUACAUUCCGACAACUCGUUGGAUGAUUUGGUGCAUGAUGCUGCACGAUACAAUCGGCGCCGGGAUCCGAUCGGACGGGCACGGUCGGUGGACUAUAGGCAAACGUUACCGCGCAAUUUCCAACAGCGCCACUUGGCCAACAGCGAGGACCAGGAGGACGAAACGGGUGGGUUCGGUGAGCGGUUAGAGAUGGAAAGGAAGCGCAUUUCCGCCAGUGGACUUUUGCUGGAUCCAGAGCGCAACGGAGAUCUCUCCGCCGACCGAUGGCACAAUGGUGAAGAUAAGCUAGCAAAGGGACAGGCAAAGGAAAGCAGCCGAACACCGAUGACGGUGGCACAUUGUCCCAAGUAUCUCGAACCACCUCCUCCCACCUACACAUCUGCACUAUCCACCGCAACCUCAAACGCACAAAGGGACGACCCGCUUCCCGCCAAAGGACCGUCCCAUCGAAGUUAUGGUGAUUUAACGUCCUACCAGCAGGACUACCACCGCCGACCGACGAUACUGGCGCCGCACGCUUUCUCACCGAUUAAUAAGGCAGCAACGCCGCCAGCAUUGCGGCCACUGCUUACUGUCGUGCAACAGCAACCUCAGCACCGGCACGUGCAUCAUCAGCACCACCGUCACAGUAAUGCCGGGCAGCAACAACACGCGGAGACAACGGUCAGCAACCGCAACCACCAUUCGCUGCCAUCGCCAGUGUUCGAUCUGGAUCGCAUCGAGCAGGAACGGCGUAAAUCACACUCGCAGCUGUUUCUCAACAGCCCAACGGUCGCGCAUUACGAUUUCGUUAACGGUACAGCCGUGUAAAGCGGUCGCCCCAGGAAGCUCAAUCGAUCUAUAAAAUGGAGCAAAACAAAUGUUACAAUAUUAAACCCAUAUCAAAUGAAAGAAUUACACUUAAUCAUUCCCCUGUGUGUGAGUGUGUCUGUGUAAAUGGUUUGCACUAACUAGUCUGUAAUAAAUUACUAUUGUAGAAAAGCUUGCCAUAGCUUCAUCUUGUAACUUACUUCGUUCGGAUUAUUGCAUACCGUUGGCGCUUUCGUUUCAGUUUUUUUAUACAACAUACAUUUAUUUAUAUACGCCAUGAUACACGUUUCUAACACGGCGCGCCCCCAACAUUUUCCGCUGCACCUUCGCUUUACAAGUAACGGUUAGUGUAAGCCCGGCUCAGCUCAGCAUCGAUAUCGUUUCGGGUGCAUUUGUACAUUAUCGAGCGGGGGGGUUAGGUGAUGCAGUCGGCAAUACAUUGACGCAACAUGCUUCUAUGUACAAUGCUUCACAGGUCACGCAGGACAACGCCCGCUCAGUGGAAAACAAUAGUAUCGGAGCGUGGUACGUGGUGGUUAAGUAAAGGUGUACUGUUGGUGGGUGGGUUGGUCGGUCGGUCCGACAAGUCUUGCUCCAUAUACUCAAAAACAGCAAGCUCUGAGCCCUGACAACUGAUAUGAAUCGGUAUCUUUAUUGAUUAUGCUCAGGAGCAGAAUCGGAAUUGUUGACGUUCCGUUAAGGUUAGGUGCGCUGAUGCAAACAAUUCUGACCUUAAUGUUUAUGCGAACUAACAACACGGCAGCAUGAUAACAAUGUUUGAGGCGCAGGUUGCACUAUCCGCUAUACUAUUUGGAAUUUGUGGGUUCAGAUCAUUGUAAAAUGCAAGGCGUGUUGUUAUGCUGUAUGCUGUGUGUCUUUGGAAGUGCUUCUCCGGCAUCUCGUUCUAAAACUCACCCCCGUGGACUAAUUCGUUGAAGGAAGUUGUGGUGGGAUAGCGAGAAGCGAAACUUCAUCCCGAUCACUGGCAGUUCUUGGUGUUUCUUAAUCUUAGGCUACGCUCGAACGAAACGAUACCCAAACUUAGCUACCAAACUAAUAUCGAUGCAUCAUGGCACUGCAUUGACCCCCUUUCGUGGAAUUGAUGCGUUUCAACGAUAGUAUGCAACAAACAGCGCUUUCAGAGAGAGAGAGAGAUAGUGUACAGUGUACUAAAACAUUGAUUUAACCUAGCUUUGAUAAGCUUCUUUCUACCGGCUAACGAUAUACAUAAUUGUAACAAACUCGAACCCAUACAUAUACACUGCUAAAGGAAAUUAGCCGCUGCAUCAUAUUUUUCCCAAGCUGUACGAUGAUGCAGUCACUAUUCUUACUAUUCGAUUAUUGGUGUGGUUGCCAUAUCUCCCCCUCCGCUUAACCUAACAGGGGAGAUACUAUUGCUAAACUUUAGAUUACCAUGAGAAUUACUACCAUUACAUCACAUAUCACAUUGAAAUAAUUGAAAACAUUAUUUGUGAUUCCUAGAUACCGCCUUUCGUCAAACGAGCGUUCGUCCGCGCGAUUCGAAUAAACGAUAGAGUGAGCUAGCUGCAAUUGCCGCAUUGCGUUGAGCGUUGUAUAGAUAGUGCGCGACACCCUAACUACCCUUUGGUGCCGAAGCAAACGUUCGAUUGAAAACAAAAACAAGUUUUUUAGUCAAGUGCUCAUACUCCCCUCCCAAACGGCAUAACCCAACAGACAGGGAGAACGAA